UAGUGACGUAGCAGGGACUACUUUAUUGCUCAAAGGGUUCAUGCGCCUCGCGACUGAUUCUGUCUUCCUCUUUCUGCCGUAGCACUUGGAGAUCAUCUGAUUUUGAUUUCAAAGCGCAUUUAAUCGUCGACAAUGGGAAAAGAAAAGAUCCAUCUUAACAUCGUCGUGAUCGGACACGUCGACUCCGGAAAGUCGACCACAACUGGUCAUUUGAUUUACAAAUGUGGUGGUAUCGACAAACGUACCAUCGAGAAAUUCGAGAAGGAAGCUCAGGAGAUGGGCAAAGGUUCCUUCAAAUAUGCCUGGGUUCUUGACAAGCUCAAGGCCGAGCGUGAACGUGGUAUUACCAUCGAUAUCGCCCUUUGGAAGUUCGAAACUUCCAAAUACUAUGUGACCAUCAUUGAUGCCCCUGGCCACAGGGAUUUCAUCAAGAACAUGAUCACUGGUACCUCGCAGGCUGAUUGUGCCGUACUUAUAGUUGCAGCAGGCACAGGUGAAUUUGAAGCGGGUAUUUCUAAGAACGGACAAACUAGAGAACACGCUCUAUUAGCUUUUACACUUGGUGUAAAACAACUUAUAGUUGGUGUAAACAAAAUGGACUCUACUGAACCGCCCUACAGUGAGUCUCGUUUUGAAGAAAUCAAAAAGGAAGUGUCAUCUUACAUCAAGAAAAUUGGUUACAACCCUGCUGCUGUAGCUUUUGUACCAAUUUCUGGCUGGCAUGGUGAUAACAUGUUGGAAGCUUCUGACAAGAUGGGCUGGUUCAAGGGUUGGGCUAUCGAGCGUAAAGAAGGCAAGGCUGAUGGCAAAUGCCUUAUUGAAGCUCUCGAUGCCAUUAUCCCUCCUAGCAGGCCCACUGACAAGCCUCUUAGGCUUCCGCUCCAGGACGUAUACAAAAUUGGUGGUAUUGGAACAGUCCCUGUUGGCAGAGUGGAAACCGGUGUUUUGAAACCUGGUAUGGUUGUCACUUUUGCACCAGUGAAUCUAACCACUGAAGUUAAGUCUGUGGAGAUGCACCACGAGGCUCUUCAAGAAGCCCUCCCUGGUGAUAAUGUAGGCUUCAACGUUAAAAACGUCUCAAUUAAGGAAUUGCGUAGAGGUUAUGUUGCUGGAGAUUCCAAGAGCAACCCGCCUAAAGCUGCUGCUGACUUCACUGCACAGGUUAUUGUUCUUAACCAUCCAGGUCAAAUAUCUAAUGGUUAUACUCCAGUUUUGGAUUGCCACACAGCUCACAUUGCUUGCAAAUUCGCAGAAAUCAAGGAAAAAUGUGACCGUCGUACUGGAAAAACAACUGAGCAGGCCCCUAAGUCUAUUAAAUCUGGUGAUGCUGCUAUCAUCAAUUUAGUUCCAACUAAGCCAAUGUGUGUAGAAUCUUUCCAGGAGUUCCCUCCGUUAGGACGUUUUGCUGUUCGUGACAUGAGGCAAACUGUUGCAGUAGGUGUAAUUAAGAGUGUCACCAAUAAAGAUGUAACUAGUGGCAAAGUGACAAAGGCCGCAGAAAAGGCUCAAAAGAAGAAAUAACUAGGUGUCAUGGAAUCUCUUAUUAACAAAACAAAUCUCUGUCGCUUUUCUGUACUUUGCCCCCUUCUUUUGUCAAAGUGGCUUCUGCAGCCGUGUUUCCAUCGAAAAGAGUUUAGGAGGAAAAGCGGCUACAUAUUUUCACUUUAAUUCCCUAAAACAUUAUUAUAUAUAUAUUAUAUAUACACAUAUAUAAAUAUAUAGGAACAACUUGUACACGUUUUUAAUUAAACAAAGAGACUGUUAAUAAUUUGGUUUUAUAAUUAAAAUGAAACAAAUAAUAAUAAAAAAUUAAUCUGAGUGAUUGUAAAAGAACAGUUUGACUAACAUUAUAUCAUCCUUGUUUUUAUUUCUGUGAAAUAUUUGUAUGGAGAUUUUUUAUUUACGGCUCUCGACCUUAGCGAAGCAAAAAAUUUUCUGUAUAGAUUGGUGACAAAUACAUGCUUCAUGACACGA